AUGAAGAGUUUGACCAUUUCUUCCAACACUUUUACUCCAUCAGAAGUUGGUCUCCAAUUUCCGACAAAGUCUUCUCUGGAUGUUGAAACAAUUGAAUUCCUCACAAAGUUAAAGACAUCCAAAUUUAUUGACUUGGAGUGGUUGUGCCAAGAUUAUGUUCUUGCGAACCGUUGGAUUAGCUAUGCAAUCGAAAGCAAUGUAAAAGAGUUGAAUCUUGGCUUAGCAUCUUAUGUCUAUAGCUCUGAUGAGGGGCUUGACGAGGGGCUUGAUGAGGGACUUGACGAGUGUCAGGUGCCUGAGAGUAUUCUAAGAGCAAAAUCAAUGAUUGUGUUGAACUUGUCUGGGGGUAAUUUGAAGUCAUCUUAUAGUGACAUUAAUUUAUCUUCUUUGAGAAAGUUGGUUUUGUCAUGUGUUGAUAUAGAUGACCAGAUUUUCCCAAGUCUAAUUUAUGGUUGUCCUGUUUUAGAAGAGAUAAAAAUUAAACGAUGUUACGGGUUGAAAAAUAUACAUUUGCCAGCAUGUCUUCCUAAACUCAUGUCCAUUAAGCUGCUGAAAUAUGAUGAAGAACUUGAGAGCUUUGAGAUGGAAGCACCAAAUCUAAAGAAGCUAGUUAUAGAUUCACCCAUUGUGACAGACAAAUGGUUGCACAGUGUCCUUUCUAAACAUCCACUCAUUGAGAGCUUGGAGCUUCGUUAUUUCUGUAUGUUGGAAAGGAUUAAGAUUUCAAGUGAUCACAUGAAGAGUUUGACCAUUGAUCAUUGCAAUCAUUUGGUUGAAGUUAACAUAAUUACUCCUAACUUACAUACACUCAAUUAUUGUGGUGAUGUUAUAUCCCUUUCUUCCAACGCUUUUACUCUAUCGGAAGUUAGUCUCCAAUUUUUGGGAAAGAUUUAUCUAGAUGUUGAAACAAUUGAAUUCCUCGCAAAGUUAAGUCAUCCGAAAUUAUUGACUUGGAGUGGUUGUGACAAGUUCUCAUAUGAAACUCCCGUUUACAAAUCGAAAAAUCCAAAUUGUUGCAAAUUUCUUCCAGUUCCGUGUUGGCGGCAUUGCUUAAAGACUAUCAAGAUUGAUGAGUCCGGCCGAGAAUCUAUAGAUGUCAAAGCUCUAAAGAAAUAUUUUCAUAAGAAUGCAGAAAUAUUAGACAGCAUCCUAUAA